AUGAGUCGCCUAAGUUCGCCAGCCGAAUGGGUUGCGCCCUUGACACCAAUUAUUUCUUUGGCUCUCUUACCUUUAGGCCCUAUCUUUUUUCCUAGAGCUUAUAUUCUCUUUCUUUUCGUUUACUUUACUGGGUUUUUAUAUCAACAAGUAAACCAUGUUUGCAAAUUCUAUCUAUCAUCUGUACGCAUUAGAGCUAACAUUGACAAAUGGAACAAGAUGAAUAAACAUAAUUUUAAUGAUAAAUCUCAAGAUGAUAAAGCCAAGAUUGCUAUGGAUACUUUUCAAACAAACCGAGCAAAUACCCGUGAACGUUCUCAGUAUGUUGCCGAAUUUAAUCAAGGUGAUGAUGAAGAACAACAACAAAAUCAAGCUCUUAUCUAUCAAGAGCCUCAAUACGUUCAUACCUUUGUUAUUCCAAAUUAUAGUGAACCUGAAGGUCUUUUAAAGGAUACGAUUGGCAAAUUGGCUGUUCACAGAAAUGCUAGUACCAAUUACGUUAUUAUAUUAGCAAUGGAGGCCUCAGAAAAUGGUUGGGAAGAAAAAGGGAAAAGAUUGGAAGAGUUUUUUAAGGAUCGUUUUCGUAAUUUUAUAAUAACAGGACAUCCUGCUAAUAUCCCUGGUGAAUAUCGUGGUAAAGGCUCUAAUGUAAAUUUUGCAGUACGCAAUGGUUGUGCAGAAAUGUUAAGACAAGGUUAUGAUCGUCGCAAGAUUAUUUUAACUAUCAUGGAUUCUGAUGCAGCUAUUCCUGAACUAUAUAUUAUGAAUGUCGAAGAGGCACUCAACAAAUCAGAUGACCCUUAUUAUACUAUCUGUGCUCCUCCUAUUUUCUUUUCUCGUAAUUGUUAUCAAGUUCCUGCUGCUGUUCGUAUGACAGAUAUUACUUGGGCCGCUUUAGUCAUGUCUAAUUUGAGUAACUCAGAUGGUUUAUGUGUCCCCUGCUCUAAUUACAGUUUAUCUUUUAUUUUGGCUGAACGUGUUGGAUACUGGGAUGUAGAUGCUGAUGCGAUUGGUGAAGAUAUGCACAUGUGGCUUAAAUGUUUCUUUAAAACAGAUGGUCAUGCUCGUACUGCACCUAUUUAUGUACCUAUCAAUUUAACAAAUGUACAAUGCGAAGGUUAUUUUGCUAAUAUUCAUGCUCGUUACGUUCAAGCCAAGAGACAUUUCCAAGGUGUGGCUGAUUUGGGUUACACUAUUCGUCAAAUGAUUGCCUCUUAUAAAAAUAGAAAGAACGCUCAAAAGGGCUUGUUAGAUUGCCACAUGGCUACAAGUGGCUUCUAUGAUAAAUUGGCUGCUUGUUCCGUUAUUUGUGAGGCCCAUAUGAUUCCCGCCUCUUCUGGUUGGCUUAUGUUUGCUGCUGUACCUUUAAUGCAACUUAUUUUAUUUCCUCCCUUUUCAUGGAUGGCCAUCGUCUCCCCUGCUAAUAAUCCACUCUUAGUAUCCGAUUUCUUUUAUAAGCUCUGGACAGUAGUGAAGAUGAUUACCGUCUUUUUACCCUUCCCUUUAUUUGGCACAUUAGCUAUUUAUGAACAUUUGCAUCGCUAUAUUGAUAGAGAGUUUUAUCAUAAAUCGAAAACUGAAUCGCGUACUUGGAGGAACUUUUUGGAUUAUAUUUCAUUACCUAUUGCUGCUUGGCUUUUCUUAACUUGGCCCUCUACUCUUGCUUGUGUAAAACGUCUCAAAUCAGGUGAUGAUGCUUAUAUUGUAGGUGCCAAAAUGUUUAAAGAGGAAGAUAAUGAUGAGGCCAUAGUCAUGAAUGGAAAAGAACGAAUUUCAUAA